ACGUAAGAUAAUAUAAUCAUAUUUUAACCUAUACACUGGACUAUGCGAUCCAAGUGGAAUUAUAUGUUUGCGGAAAUUAAUAUUCUUUGUUUGAAAAAACAAAAUAAGGACAACUUAGCUAUAUGUGGGAGCCAAAGCAUGUUCCCUUUCAACAUUACUCCGAUAAUGAGACGAAAUUUCUGGGAUUGAAAAUCAGACACGAGAAUUGAGCUAUUGAGCAAACGAAAAAGUCAAGUGAAACAUAUAGAUCCAAGUCAAAAUUUUCUCCCCUUUUCUAGCAUCCUUAAAAAGCAGAUCCCCACCAUUUUUGGUUCCCCCAAAGGCUAUAUAACGUUCUCCAUAAGACUAGGAAAAAUCACAAAACAGAAAUUUCUGAAUUAAGAAAAAAAUGGGUAUCGAUUUACUAGCCAAGUUAGGCAAACAUAGCAUAGUUCAUCACUCACAGCGUCACUUUGUUUCACACUAUCAACAAUGCAGAGCUUACUCUGCUCGAUCUAUGAACACUGCUGCAACUAAAGUCCCUAAAACCCAUUUUCUUUCGUUUCCAACUUUUCUUCGCAAAUCAGUUUCAUCUUCUGAAUGUGCAAAUACCAAGAUGGGAUACUUGGCAUGGUAUUUGGGAGCUCUUGAGUCUCGUCCAAUCAUCACCAAAUCAAUUUCUUCUGCUAUUAUAUAUGCUGUUGCCGAUGUUACUUCUCAGGUGAGAAUGGGGAAGAAAUCGCUGUAAGGUUGAAGCGCGACCUUCUCCCAACGAUGAUUAAGGGACUUAUGCACUGGCCAGUGUGUGAUUUCUUGACAUAUAAAGUAAUCCCUGUCCAUUUGCAGUCAUUGAUUAAUAGUUCAUUUUCCUAUGCGUGGACUAUAUAUUUGACGUACGUUACAAGUUUGAAGAAAGUUGCUUCUGAUUAAUUUGCACGCUCUGCUUUGGAUGUUUCAAUAUAUCUUCAAGGAUAGAAUCGAAUAAAAAUUGCAUCAAUUAGCUGAGAGAUUAACAAUGCCAGACUUUUUACAAGCUAUCUCGCCAAAUUUUACCAUUUAGAUUAGACCAAAAGAUGUUUCUCUUCCCAAUUGGACUUGUCCGUGAUCAAGAUGUCACAAUUCAAGCUGUUGUGCAUGAUAUUAAAAUUUCAA